AUGGACGUGGACAGAGCAAUGCGAGGCAGCAUUCCACAAGGUGAAAGAAAUGAUCAUUUCAGAGCAAGUUCUACACAUUAUGAUACCAGUCUGCCACUUAGACUUGCUUGUGAUGCAUCCCCCCUAGGCAUUGGAGCGGUGCUUUCUCGCGUGGUUAACGAUGGUACCGAGCGACCUAUAGCUUUUGCUUCAAGGACACUGACAAAAACUGAGCAAAAGUAUGCGCAGAUUAACAAGGAAGCUUUGUCAAUAAUCUGGGGUGUCAAGAAGUUUCACAUGUAUCAGUUUAGCCGUCCUUUCACUCUAUACACAGAUAAUCGGCCAUUAACUUCAAUCUUUCAUCCGCGGAAGAGCAUUCCCGUGGUCACCGUAGCACGUCUUCAACAUUAUGCCUUGUUCCUGGCGGGCUAUGACUACUCCACUCAAUACAAGAACACUAAGGUUCACAGCAAUGCAGAUGGUCUUUCACGCCUACCACUGGUAACAGAAGCCAAAGAUGAAGAAGAAGUUGACCCAGUGGGUGUAUUUAAUUUGAUGCAGUUUGACCCUUUGCCAGUCACAGUGGACAACGUUAGACGAGAGACACAAAGAGAUCCUGUCUUGGCCCAAGUGCAUGAAAUGACCAGGAAGGGAUGGCCAAACAACCAUGACCCUGUACUCAACCCCUAUUUUGUUCACAAAGAUGAGAUCACGUUACAAUCAGGCUGUUUGAUGUGGGGAAUAAGAGUAAUAAUACCCCCAAAACUACGCCCUCAAGUUCUCAAGGAACUUCAUCAGGGACAUAUGGGAGUCGUGAAGAUGAAGGCCCUGGCCCGAAGCUACACCUGGUGGCCUGGAAUCGAUAAAGAAAUUGAACUGUCUGCUAAGUCCUGCCCAGGUUGCCAACUAGUACAGAGGGAGCCCAGUACAGUGCCAGUGCACCCAUGGGAAUGGCCUUCGUUGCCCUGGCAACGAAUUCAUAUCGAUUUUGCAGGUCCUUUCCUUAACAGCAUGUUUUUAGUGGUAGUGGAUGCACAUUCACGUUGGCUAGAGAUAGAGAAAAUGAACACUACAACUUCAGCGAAAACCAUUGAAACCCUUCAGAAGUUGUUUGCAAGAUAUGGCGUACCAGCCCAGUUAGUGAGUGAUAAUGGGCCUCAGUUCACAUCAGAAGAGUUCCAGCAAUUCCUUAAGAGAAACGGCAUCAAACACAUCACCUCAGCACCUUAUCACCCUGCCACCAACGGCCUAGCAGAACGUGCUGUCCAGAGUUUCAAGAAUGCCAUGAAGAGUGAAACUGAAGUGACAUCUUUGAACAUUAAGUUGGCGAGAUUUUUGCUAACUUAUAGAAUCACCCCCCACUCAACCACCGGAGAGCCACCGUCCCAGUUGUUUUUGGGAAGAAGAUUACGCACUCGACUGGACUUGUUAAAACCAGAUCUCUUCAUCCAGGUAAACAACCGUCAGAUAGACCAGUCUGUUGCCAAGAGUGGUUCUGUAACAAGGCAUUUUGCCAUUGGUCAGAGGGUGAUAGCACGAAAUUACACUGGAAAGUCAAAGUGGGUACCCGGUAUUGUACGUGCACGAUUGGGACCCCUGUCUUAUGAAGUGGAGAUUGGGCCUGACCUAGUUUGGCGUGGGCACACGGAUCAACUCUGA